AUGUCUUCUCCUACCAAAGAAGAAAGUGGUUCAGCUGACAAAGAUCUCAAAAAUUUAGAAAGCGAGGCUCCAAAUGACUGUAGUACAGUUACAGAGCCUUCAUCUGUUAAUCCCAAUGCAAUGUCUGAAGUGGAAACCGCCCCUAUGAAUAGGGAGCUAGGCACAGCAAGCUCCCAAGAACAUCGUGUCCCUGAAGUAGCAACAAAUGAUGAGUCUGAAAUACAGAAGACUGAAAAGGAUUCCCAGGAUUUAAAAGAGGAACCCCUUCUAAUUCAGAUCCCCAUUCCUCAGAAAUUGAUCUUUUUUAUGUCUGGGGUUAGGGAAUUAGGGAGAAUUACUGAUCUGAGUUUCCCAUUGGGAAACAAUGAUAACAACAAUCCUUUAACUGACAGAGCAAGAAUCCACUCCAGAAAAAUAGAGACAAAAGUAAGUGAUUUAUGUUAUCGCACCCUAAGUAACAAAAUGCCUUUCCAACUCUCAACUAUAUUGAGAAUUCCAUUCUUUAGCAACCAAGAGAUAAGAAGAAUGAUUCUCUGUCUGCUAUGCAGGAGACAUUUCUCUGAGGCCACCAGACGUCAAAAUACCACCUGGGUGAAACAAAAAUAUGCAGCAUUACUUCCUCGUACAAAUGCCCUCACACAAGGAGAGAGAGCCAUAGUUUUUGGAAGACCUUUGAGGUUGUACUAUCAGCAUCCCCUCAUUGAGAGAAUAGCAGUAGGAAAACUUUUCAAGCCGAAUGAUAGCAAGGGGAAAGGUGGACUCCACAUUUUUGUGAGGCCUGUGUUCUAUGUUCCACGACCCCAGAUUCAAAAUACAUUUAUUAGAAAAGUUUUUGAGGCUCAUUGGAGAACUCUUCAUAACAUGAGAGUUGUGAUCAUACGCAUCAAUAAUGGUUGGAAAUACCUCUGCCCCAUCUGUGGGAGUAGUUUCAACAAUUUGAUUGAAUUUAGAGAGCAUUACUGCAAUUCUCCUGGGAAUUAA